CAGCAGUCGGAGCCGCCGCAGCCACUGCUUCGCUUCUCCGCCGCCCCAAAAAUCUAAGGAGCUCAGGCUCCAGCACCACAACCAAAUGGCUGAGCCUCCCAGGCCGGCUGCGCAGUCCGCUCAUUGGACCCUUCCUCCCCACCCGCCGACACCACCAUUGGCUGUGGUGCGGACAUUCUCGGCAAAGAUUGGCUAGAACUCCUGCCGCUCAACCGUAGAGCUCCAGAUCCCGCCUCCACGGUGAUCAGGUUAGUGUGCGCCGCGGGUGCUGGGGGCUCGAGAACCGAGCGGAGCUGGUUGAGCCUUCAAAGUCCUAAAACGCGCGGCCGUGGGUUCGGGGUUUAUUGAUUGAAUUCCGCCGGCGCGGGAGCCUCUGCAGAGAGAGAGUGCGAGAGAUGGAAAUGGACAAACGGAUUCAUUUAGAGCUGCGGAACAGGACGCCCUCUGAUGUGAAAGAACUCGUCCUGGACAACUGUCGGUCGAACGAUGGCAAAAUCGAAGGCCUCACAGAUGAGUUCGAAGAACUGGAAUUCUUAAGUACAAUCAACAUUGGCCUCACCUCAGUCGCGAACUUACCAAAGUUAAACAAACUCAAGAAGCUUGAACUAAGCGAUAACAGAAUCUCAGGGGGCCUGGAAGUAUUGGCAGAAAAGUGUCCGAAUCUUACGCAUCUAAAUUUAAGCGGCAACAAAAUUAAAGACCUCAGCACAAUAGAGCCCCUGAAGAAGUUAGAAAACCUCAAGAGCUUAGACCUUUUCAACUGCGAGGUGACCAACCUGAAUGACUACCGAGAAAAUGUGUUCAAGCUCCUCCCGCAGCUCAAGUACCUCGACGGCUACGACCGGGACGACAAGGAGGCCCCUGACUCGGACGCCGAGGGCUACGUGGAGGGCCUGGAUGAUGACGAGGAGGAUGAGGAUGAGGAGGAAUACGACGAGGAUGCUCAGGUAGUGGAAGAUGAGGAAGAUGAAGAUGAGGAGGAGGAAGGGGAAGAGGAGGACGUGAGCGGAGAGGAGGAGGAGGAUGAAGAAGGUUACAACGAUGGGGAAGUCGAUGAUGAGGAAGAUGAAGAAGAGGCUGGUGAGGAAGAACAGGGUCAGAAG